UUUUCCUUAUGAACUUUUCCAUAAGACCCACACUAGGAAAGGCACCUCCGAUAUGGUUGAUUCACGAGCGCAAUCAAUUAAGGAUGCAUUUUUGGCGCUUAAGGAGCAGUCGUCUCAACCACAAGAGGGGUGCAAUGACCCUCCUAUUGUAGAUGAGGUCGCACUAUAUUAUCAAGUUGUGGGGGGGAGAAGAAGAACAGGGUUUAUGGCAUUGGAUCUCAAGCAUCAAUUUUUUACCCUAGCUCAUCACAUGGAUCAUCUUCUACUGCAUCCUAUUGUGCUCAGUCAGAGGCAAUGGAGGAAGAGAUUCAACAAUUACAUUAGACUGUUGCAAUGCUCAAGGAUAGUUUGGUUGCAAUGGAGGAGAGAGAUCGACAACGCGAGUUGAUGCUAGAGGAGAGAUAUAGACAACGUGAGCAGACACUGGAGGAGCGCAUGCAACAAAUGAUACAAAACAUGAUGGCACAAAUGAUGCAGGGUACGCAGUUUACAGCCCCAACUCCACAUGCGACUCAUCAAGAUGAUGGUAGAGAGGCUGA